AUGGACGAAAAUCGUCGUAAAGCGUGCAUAGCAAUUAUUUUAGCGUUUUCUAUUCCAAGUAAACGGAUAACUAAUAGGAAGCGAUGGGUAAAAGAAUGGAUUAGCAAACGUAAGAAGUAUUGUCAUUUAAAUCUUUUAAAAGAAAUCCAGCUUUCCGACCCAAAAGACUACCAGAAUUAUUUUCGAAUGAACAUUGACAUCUAUAAUAAAUUACUAAGCAUGGUAGAACCACUUAUUAUUAAGAAAUAUACUAAUAUGAGGGAAAGUAUUCCUCCAAAUCAAAGGCAGGCUCUUACUCUGAGAUACCUUGCAACUGGGCGAUCGUUUGAAGACUUGAAAUAUUCUGCAGUCAUCGCACCAACAACCAUAAGUGAAAUCGUGAUGGAGACCUGA